CCCACUUCCUGUACCCGGUUGAGGAAGUGAAUUCGCUGACAGGGCUGGGUUCCGUGAGGGAGGCGAAAAGAAACACAAUUUACCUGGUGGGGAUAAAAACAACAAUAGUAUAGAAGAACAAGUUGUGCAAGCACAAUAAAACGCACGUGUAAAGCUAUCGGUGAAAGCAUAUUUCCCCUCCGAGAUCGUCACCGAGCGCCGCAGACAUGAAUGACCAGCAGCUGGACUGUGCUCUGGACCUGAUGAGGCGUCUGCCUCCCCAGCAGAUCGAGAAAAAUCUCAGUGACCUCAUUGACCUGGUGCCCAGUCUGUGUGAGGACCUGCUCUCCUCUGUGGACCAGCCACUGAAGAUCGCCCGGGAUAAGGUGGUGGGGAAAGACUACCUGCUCUGUGACUACAACAGAGACGGGGACUCCUACAGAUCCCCAUGGAGUAAUAAGUAUGAGCCUCCCAUCGACGAUGGUGCCAUGCCAUCUGCCCGCCUGCGGAAACUAGAGGUGGAGGCCAACAACGCCUUUGACCAGUACAGAGACCUGUACUUUGAGGGUGGCGUAUCCUCUGUGUAUCUGUGGGACUUGGAUCAUGGCUUCGCCGGGGUCAUCCUCAUCAAGAAGGCCGGAGACGGCUCCAAGAAGAUCAAAGGCUGCUGGGACUCCAUCCAUGUGGUGGAGGUGCAGGAGAAGUCCAGCGGACGGACCGCUCACUACAAACUCACCUCCACCGUCAUGCUGUGGCUCCAGACGACCAAGGCCGGCUCUGGUACCAUGAACCUAGGUGGCAGUCUGACAAGACAGAUGGAGAAAGACGAGACAGUUGGAGAGUCCUCCCCACAUAUUGCCAACAUCGGCCGCCUGGUGGAGGAUAUGGAGAAUAAGAUUCGCUCCACUCUCAAUGAGAUCUACUUUGGGAAGACCAAGGACAUCGUCAAUGGCUUGAGGAGUGUUCAGACCCUGGCUGACAAGUCAGGGCAAGAGGCUCUGAAGAACGACCUGAUAAAGGCAAUUCAACGCAAACAGCAAAGCUAGAGAUGCUUUUUUGUUGUUGUCUCUCUCUCUCUCUCUCUCUGUCUGUUCCCCUCACACUCUCUCCACCUUACUCCCACCAUCUUUUUUUCUGUUUCUGUUUGUAUGUCUCUCCUUCCAUCCCUGUAUGCCUGUUUCAGUGCUGCACUCUUGUUCAUUUAUGGAAAAAACAAAAAGGAGAAAAUGCUUAGCUUUUAUUUUUACUCUUUGUUUCGAGGCAUCUCAUUCUCUAUCAAGCCAUUCUCUCUCUCUCUCUCUCUCUCUCUCUCUCUCUCUCUCUCUCUCUCUCUCUCUCUCUCUCUCUCUCUGAGUCGUGCUAUGAAUAUUAUGAUAGUAUUCUCAAGGUUAAUGAUAAUUUUACAGUUUGACGGCAAUGUUUAUAAUCCCUAUAGCUCUGUCACAGCUGGGUCUGUUUUGAAUGAGUGACAUCGGCUCCUCUCCUAUCCUCUGGUUAGGGGACUCUACUGUCAUUCAUUUCCACCAACAUUUUCUUUCUUGUACCCAUUAUAUCAAAGUGUCUGUGCCACCACCUUAUCUGUUUGGAAAUAUAACUGUCAAUAUAACUGUCAUUUUUCUGGGUGAUGUAGUGGCGGGAACGGAAUGGGAUGGCCCUAGAUAUUAUAUAUUGUAAGGAUUGGUCAAUGGUUUGCCCUUCGUCCCACUCUUACCCGCAUGCGAUGUGAGUCUGGAAGCAUUGGAUCCUGGGAUGGAGAUGUAGACCUCUAAAACAUGCGGAUGGACUGUUAAAUUCACUAUGUAUACCCAUGUCAUUAAGUCCCCCUCUUACACUGUGUAUAACGUGACGAUUUGCAUACCUCUCUCUCUCUCUCUCUCUCUCUCUCUCUCUCUCUCCCUUUCACCCUGGUCUAUGUUGGGUGUCACAGUUUGUCUUUUUGCGUCUUGAAGGAAGCUUUUGACCGUUUCUGUUUUGGGGGGAAUCUUUUUUGUUGUAUUUUGUUUUUAUUUUGUAAAGCUUAUGAUUCAUAUUGUAUUAGAGCCUCCAGCAACAAUAAAAACAGUAAAAAGCUA